AUGGACGACUACAACACAACAGAGCAAAGACGGGGAAGCAUGUUUGGUGGAGCACGACGUGGGAGUUUCUUUGGUGGCUGGGCUGUGGACGAUGGAGAAAAGUCACCUGAAGCCACAGCACAUCGACGAGCAAGUCUACAAGACAGAUACCGCGGCAUGGAGCAUGCCACUCAGCGACGGGGGUCUCUCUUUGUGAACCAUCACCAUCAUCAUUCUUCUGAAAAUCAUCCCACUGAGAAACAAGGUCGACGCUCAAGCUUCUUUGGCAACCUCCACCACCAUGAAACCUCAGAGGAAGAAAAAGUAGACGAUGGCCAUCAUCAUCGACGAUCUUCGAUCAGUUUCUUUUCUCACCACAAUCACAAUCGCCGUGGAUCGGUUGGACCAAUGGCCACGCUAUCAUCUGUAACAGCCAAAUCGCGACGAGGGUCCAUGGGCUUUUUCAGCGGACUGAACAAAAUCCAUGCCAUAGAACAACCGAAUAACGAAGAUUUGGCAUACCAAGUCAUGGCUGCGUUUGCUGACUUUGAUGUAUGA